AGGUCAUUGCAAUUUGCUAAGACCGAGCACCUCCAAUGGUCACAAAGUACCUCCUUUCCUCCAGUCUCCCCUCAUUCCUACUAAACUCAUCGUCUUCAGUGUCAUCUUCCUCCUUUUCAUCAAGAUGCAGUGCACAGCCUCACUGGGACAUUUUUCAUCACCUUACUGGAGUAGAACAGUGGCGUUCCCCGACUGGGCCUACAGGCCGGCGUGGUCUUCGGGUACACGGCAGGUGCAGCUGUGGCACUUCCUGUUGGAGCUGCUCAGCGGCGGCGGUGGCGGGCGGGGAGACACCAUCGGCUGGGGAGGCGAGUGGGGUGAGUUCGUCAUCCGCGACCCCGAGAGGCUGGCGAGGCUGUGGGGCGAAAGGAAGGGAAAGCCACACAUGAACUACGACAAGCUUAGUCGGGCACUAAGGUACUACUACAACAAGCGCAUCCUGCACAAAACCAGAGGCAAGAGAUUCACGUACAAGUUUAACUUCAGCAAAUUCAUCCUGGUCAACUACCGCCUGCCGCCAUCUUGUCAUCAGGCACCGCGGCCUGACCUGUUCUCGCCUCCAUGCUGCCUCCCUCAUCAUCAACAUCAUCAUCAUCAUUAUUAUCAUCCCAGUCCACCGCCACCUCUUCUCCAGACCUCCUUCCCCUUCAUCACCUGGCAGGACCACCUAAGUCGUCUGAAGCUCGGAAAGCAAACUCAAGUAGUGGCUGGAGCGCUUUGA